UAAGUAUCAUACCUAGUUACGAUAUGACGUGACAAUGUAAUUGUCAAACAUUUACGAAUUGUCUUGUUAUGUGUAUAUCGCCGUCAGUAUUUUAUAUAGUAAUUUUUAUAUUAUGCUUCAGUAAUGCAUAUUACAUAACAAACAAUAAAGUUAACGAGAUAUUAAAUAGAUCCCAAAGAGAUCCGAUUAUCACUCAAACCUCUGCUCUAGUAAACGAAUCGAAAGAGGUAGACGUUAACCCGAAUAUUUUAGGUGAUGUUUGGGCAAAGGAAGGCCAUUUUACUGAUACGUACUUCAAUGUACUAGAAAGUUUGACGGCCAAUUCUUUGUCGGAUAGGUCGAUUAAAAAUGAUACUAAAAGAUCGAUGCAAGAUAAAACUCUGAAACAGUUAAAAUUUUUGUUAGACAAAAAAUUGAAAGAAGUUAAAAACAACAAGAGAGAAGUUGUGCAUGCACUCAACAAAGUUCACUUGAAUCCCGUCACUCGAAAAGUCACUACUAGUACUAGUAGUACUCAAGGGGCAACAAUUUGGGAGGAGUGGACUCCUUGGUCAAGCUGUAGCGUAAGUUGCGGCAAGGGGCGUCACAUUCGAUGGAGGCACUGCAAAGCAAACUGCAUUGAAGCUGAAACUGAGAUGGAAGAAAAGACUUGUCAGAUGCCCGCCUGUCCUCAAAAAUUAUUUGGUUUGAUAAACUUGUAAUAAUUGUAUAU